GCUGCUUGUCUGUGGAGGAGAGCCAUUUUGGCCAGUCUGGAGUUCAACCGUGUCAUUCCACCUCCUUUUGCUAGGAGACUUGGAGUGGCAGUUUCGGUGGCUCAAGGUCUCAUCAACAGACUGGAGAGAGAGGGUUACGUCAGAGUCCCCAUGAAAAAUAAGAGGCUUGGGAAGAUUGUGAAUAAAGACCGCAUUAGGAUGGACGGCAUCAAGAAAUACUUUGAGAAGACCAGGGGCAGAGCCAAGUCACAGGUGACUGUGCCGUCCCAUUCCAAGACUCUGGAACGGAAUGGGGACGAGGGAGGGAAGAAGCUAGCCGAUAUUACAAACGGCACUUCGACCCUCAGCAUCAGUCAGACGUGUCCAGGGCGGGGCAUCGUACCUUCACCCCAGGUGACUGCUCUUCAGGCGGAUGAUGGUGAGAGUGGAGUUCGAAGAUCUCCACGCAUCGUGGCAAAGAGAAUUAGAUCUGUCGCAAAUCAGACUCUCGAAUUCGAACUCAGUUGCAGUCAGGAAAACUCACUCACAGAUGACGAACAAGGCUGUCGUAAGAAACGCAGGAAAUCGAGUAUUGCAUCUCGCUCUAUUUUAGUAUGACGCUUUACCUCUCCAUCUCUCACAACACUACAUCGAAAUACAGUACAUGGAUUAACUCAUGCUAUGACUUUGUGGUAUUGCUACACAGGAACUCUCACAUAUGCACACAUUACUCAGAACUGAUGCAUAAAGUGUUCAUGCAUGACUUCUGUUGUGAUGAUACACUAUUCACCAAAAGAGAUUGAGCAUUAACCUCAUUUUACUGUGU